AUGGCCGAGUCGUUCUGGGACAAGCGCGAUGCAUUGAAGGAUUACCACGAUGUCGUGGGAGACAUGCACCGCAUCAUGGUGCCCCUGCUGGGUCUCCUGUUCGUCUUCUUCUCUAUCGGCCUCGUGAUCUUCCUCGCCAUCAAGCCUCGAUUCGUCAACUUCCUGCGCUACUUCCUCGCGCUUCUCCUGAUUUACCAGAUCUUCGCGUCCCUGUUCAUCUGGUUCAGCAGCACCUGGGAGAUUGGCUUCCAGUUCUUCGCGUUUGCCCUGUUCGGCAUCUACGCCAUCUUCACCAAGGACCGCGACAGGCUCCACAUGCUCAUCUUCACCCUCCUGGCCCUGUUCGACUUCUUCGUCGUCAUUGGCAAGCUCGGCUUCAUGGGCUACAACGUCAAGGCCAUCGACGCCCUCGACAACGCCACCUGCACCGGCUACUACAACGUCGAUGGCGACGAGGCCCAGUGCACCGGCUUCCUCAACUUCCUCCGUUUCCUCGUCUUCCUGACCACUCUCAUCCAGCCCGCUCAGGUCUUCUUCGGCUACCUCCUGUGGCGCAACUACGAGACCAACGGCGAGCUUGGUGAGCCCAGCGAGUACGGCAAGAUCGGCGAGUCCUCCUCCAGCGUCCCCCAGUAA